AUGGGGCUGGUCAGCGCCGCUGUGCUUCUCACGGUGCUCAAAAUCGUCAUCGAGCUCGACCUUCGCGAGAUCAUGGCAAAGGCUGGUCCAGGAGCCUUUCUCUGUCCGUCCGAGCUCGCGGGUCAGCUUCCGACCCAGAACCCGAACGCGUCAGUUAUGCUACACCGGUUUUUCCGCCUUCUCGCUACCCUCUCCUUCCUCAAUUGCAGUCACCGGAACCUUCCUGGAAGCACAGUCAAGAGGCUCUGUAGUUUAUUUAUUUAA